CUCCAUCUCAGGAUCAAAAAGCACGGGUUUAACGGCUCGACUCUCCACUUGCCAUGACUCGGCAACCAAAGAGACACGAUCGAGUGGGACGUUUUUCGAGUGGAUUGAGCGACAUGCAGCUGUUCUUUGUUCUUUGUUACGAAGAAUUCCUUUUUGUGUCACAGAUCAUGCAAUGAUAAACUGGGUCCUGAUAAGGGCUGUUCUCCUCCCUCGUGGGUUCAAGACAACACAAUUCGAUUUCUAUCGAGCUUGAAUCACCAUGGUCGAAGAAAACAACGCAAUUGUGGAUGACCAGCUGGAGCUCGUUCCUGACGACGCCGUCCCCGACGACGAUCAGGUCUCGCUGAGCUCGCAUGGAACAGACUUUACAUCGUUAAAAUCGAGUGUGUUGGAUUAUGAAUACGACAACGGCCGUCGAUACCAGAGCUACCGCAAGGGCGAAUACCUCUUCCCCAAUGAUGAAGACGAGCAAGACCGGAUGGAUUUUCUGCACCACAUUUACAACGUUGUCUUUGGGGGGAAGCUGUAUCUGGCGCCUCUCAAAGACGUAACGGGGCGUGUGCUUGACCUGGGCACAGGAACGGGUAUCUGGGCCAUAGAUUUUGCCGAUGAAAAUCCGGCAGCAGAAGUCAUCGGCAACGAUCUCAGUCCAAUCCAGCCUGGAUGGCUGCCUGCCAACUGCGCGUUUGAAGUUGAUGAUUUCACUGCCGACUGGACCUUCACCCAUCCCUUCCAAUUCAUCCACGGGCGCGAGCUUGCAGGCGCAGUCAAGGAUAUGGACCGGCUCGCAAAGCAGGCCUUUGACAACCUACAGCCAGGGGGCUACUUUGAGAUGAAGAGCAUCGGGCUUGAUUCCUGUUCUGAUGACAAUACGUUUGAGGAAAAAGCCACCUACUCCAAACAGAUGAAUGAGUUGGUCCACGAGGCAAGCAGCAAGUUCGGGAAACCCAUGCAGGACCUGACUGUGUGGGAGAAGAGUCUGGAGGCAGCUGGCUUUGUUGAUAUCGUUUCCCGGGUAAUUAAAGUCCCAACCAGCCCCUGGCCCAAGGAUCCCAAGCAAAAGGAGAUUGGACGGUACUUCCAGGCUAUUCUUCUCCAGGGGAUGAACUCUUAUUUGCCCAAGCUCUUCAUCGACGUUUUAGGAUGGACAAAGCUAGAGGUCACUGUGCUGAUCUCCAAGGCGAAGCAGGAGCUUGAUGAUCCUUCCAUCCAUCAGUACAGCAGGAUCUACACGUUCUAUGGCCGGAAGCCAUAGUUAGCCUUAGGAACUGAACGCGAUUACGAAUGACCUAUUCUAAUCUCUGCCCUAAAUCUUCAACACCCAUAGGCAGUAACCAGAACUCUAGGCAGAUUUCAUGACUCGCGUCACCAAUCUACAUGCUUGAUUCCCUCGUAUUUCUCCAC